AUGUCGUCCGCAUUCCACAGCUUAUUCGACAUGCAACCUACGUCAAAAAUCACCAAUCCAGAACCGACGUACCAGAAGAGCAAAGGCAAAGCACCUCAAGCACUCGAUGAUGUAGGUGUGUUGCCGGAUGUCGAACUCACAGAUUUCGCCUCUAGCAAAACAGACAAUGGUCGCCAAGGAUUGGUCUCAGAGUUUGAUAUGCCAAAGGGCACGCAGACACCUAUAACCCCCAAUGAGCUUGAAAUGAGUCGACCGGCUACACCGAAUCGAGAAGAAGCGGUCGGUAGAGAAAGAUUGUGGAACGCUGAGCCAAUGACCAAAUGGAGGAUCUUGUGCUGCUGCUUGAUCUACUUCUCAAACGGUAUAAAUGAUUCAGUCGUUGGUGCUUUGAUCCCAUACAUGGAGUCGUACUAUCAUAUCUCAUACUCCAUCAUGUCCCUAGUCUUCGUUGGCAAUGCCAUUGGGUUCAUAUCUGCCGCCUUUUUUACGAAUAUGAUUCUGGGCAAGUUCGGAAGAGCAAAGACUUUGAUCUUCGCAGAGUUGAUACAACUCUCUGCAUACAUCAUUCUUGUGUGCACGCCUCCUUAUCCUCUCGUCGUCGUAUCUUUCUUCCUCCUAGGAUUUGGUGCCGCCAUUAACCUAGCACUUAACAAUGUCUACUGUGCGAACACGCAUCCACCAAGCGUCAUUCUUGGCCUCGCGCAUGGUAGUUAUGGCGUCGGAGGAAUAGUCGCACCCAUUAUCGGGACAGCAAUCGUUUCGCAAGGAGUCUUGUGGUCACGCUUCUACUUUCUGACCGUGGGGUUGCGAAUUUGCUGUAUCGCAUUCGCAGCAUGGUCCUUCUGGUCAUACACGGAAGACUCCGAGGAGACCCUCUUGGAAACCACGACGAGCAGGCAAACUUCUGCAGAGAACGCCGCGUCAAAGCUGAAGAACCUCAAGCUCGCUUUGAAAAACAAGGUGACCAUCUUUGGCGCCUUAUUCAUUUUCGCAUACCAAGGAGCCGAAGUGAGCAUCUCAGGCUGGUUCAUCUCGUACCUCAUCAACUACCGUAACGGGGACCCUGCCAAGGUUGGAUACGUUACAGCAGGCUUCUGGGCUGGCAUCACUCUUGGUCGUUUUGUACUUACUCACGCUGCGCCCAAGAUAGGCGAGAAGAACUUUGUCGUCAUCCUCACAAUCGGCACAGUAGGCCUUCAGCUUCUGGCAUGGUUGACGCCGAACUUGAUCGGAAAUGCGGUCGCUGUAUGCUUGCUGGGCUUGUUAUUGGGCCCUGUCUACCCUUGCGCGCAGACCAUCUUUUCACGCCUCAUGCCUCGUCACGUUCAGACCACGGCAAUUGGAUUCAUCGGAGGAGCAGGCAGUUCGGGUGGUGCAGUCGCUCCAUUCACAACUGGUGUCCUCGCGCAAGCAUCCGGUACUUGGGUACUUCACCCUGUCGCGAUUGGUAUGUACGCCGUCAUGAUGGUUUGUUGGUUCGCAUUGCCCAAGGUGCGCAAGCGGACUGAGUAG